AUGUCACGAGCAGGAAAACGCCGUCUCGAUGCCCUCUCGCAACAACUCGUGCAAGGCAUCCCCUCCGAAGGCGACUUCGAGGGCAUACCACGCAUACGACAUGUCGCUCCGCCCUCAGCAGGCAAGCGUGUAGAGGGGAAGGUUGCCAUCGUCACAGGCGCCAACUCCCCCAUCGGCAUCGGCCGUGCCGCCGCCCACCAAUACGCCGCCAACGGCGCCCGCGCCGUCUACCUCUGCGACGCCUCCUCCACGCACCUCGAAACGCACAAGCGCGAAAUGCGCGAGCUCUACCCAGACGUGGACGUCGUAACACGGGUUCUCGACGUCGGCGACGAAGCCGCCGUGCAGGCCGUUGUGGCGGACGCGCUGGCCACCCACGGCCGCCUGGACAUCAUGUUCGCCAACGCGGGCAUCGUGGGCACGCCCGCGACGUUCGCCGACAUCAGUGCCGAGGGAUUCAUGUCCACGAUGCGCGUCAAUGCUUUGGGGGUGUUCCUGUGCGCGAAACACGCGGCGUUGGCGAUGCAGAAGACGGGUCCCGGCAAGGAGUUUCCCGGCGGGAGUAUCAUUGGCACGGCGUCCGUGGCGGGCCUGCGCUCGAACGCGGGCAGCACGGAUUAUUCGGCCAGCAAGGCGGCGGUGGUGAGUCUGGCGCAGACCAUGUCGUAUCAGCUCACGGGCACCGGCGUGCGGGUCAACGCCAUCUGUCCGGGCGUCAUCGAGACGGGCAUGACGCUGCCCAUGUACGAGCAGGCACGGGCGCGGGGCACGCAGAGUAAGAUCGGGCAGCUGAAUCCGCUGCGGAGGGGCGCCGUGCCGGACGAGGUGGCGCGUGUGGCGCUGUUUCUGGGAAGCGAUGAAGCGAGCUAUGUCAAUGGGCAGGCGUGGGCGGUCUGCGGCGGGCUGAGUGCAGGGCAUCCAUUUGUGCCGGGCAAGCUGGGCUGA